AUGUCAUCCCGUGCACUUCGACGAUUACAGAAACAGCAGCUAGAGAUUGAAGAACCUGAGAUUUCAGAAGAAGAGAGCGAAGACGAAGUCGUAACUCAAGCACCCAAAAAAGCACAGAAUUUGUUUGCACUGCUUAAUGGAGAUGACGAGGUAGAAGAGGAAGAAGAAGAGGAAGAAGAGGAAGAGAAGGAGGUGGAGAUUAAAGAUAAAAAAGCCGUGGCUGUAUCAACAGAAAAUCUAAAAAAGAAGGCUGAAAACCGAGAAGAGGCUGCUGAGCAUGUAUCUCCAACGACCUCUAAAAAGAACAAAAAGAAGAGCAAAAAGAAGAACAAAAAGGUGCAGCCCAAAAAGGAUAUAUCAGAUAUUAGUAUGCAGGAACUUGAUGCAGCACUCAAGGAAGUGGGUAACAGGCAACCCUAUAGCCCUCAUGAUAGCUCUUCCAAGAUUAGUAGUGACUAUGCCGCUAUAGAGAAGUGUCGACAACUGAUCACUAUAAACACUCGAUUUUUGGAUGCUGAAGCAGAAAUGAAGCGUAUGUUUGGUUCUCGUGUUGUUAACACAGAAGGAAGAGGUGUUGGUGCUGGAAGAAUUCUCAAAAAGUCAAAACUCUGUACACCCAAGGCUGACUGGAGACCUUAUGCGAAAGAUGGUCUAUCCAUGGAAUUGAUAGAGACCAAAGAUGGAAUCUCAUAUUUUGCAUUUAAGCACCAUGAUCGUUAUCAAGAUAUCCAAUUGGAUUUUUUAAAUGCGGUUGCUAUGCACGAUCCUAACGGCCUUGUACUUCUCAACCGCCGUCAUCCGUACCAUGUGGAUACACUGUUGCAACUAUCGGAGAUAGCAAAACAGAGUGGGGACUGGUCUAUGGCUGGUGAAUGUAUUGAACAGGCACUUUAUGCAUGUGAGCGUGCCUUUCAUCCCCACUUUUCCUAUGGAUCUGGUAAUGUGAGACUAUCUUAUACCCGAUCCGAGAAUAGGUCUUUUUUCCUUGCCAUAUUUCGUCACAUUCAAUUUUUGACGCGUCGCGGUUGCUGGAGAACUGCAUUUGAGUUCAAUAAACUUUUGUUUAGUCUUGAUCCCACUGCUGACGCGCUGGGUGCUAUCCUAUCGAUGGACUACUACGCGCUUAAUGCAAAAGAUUAUGAUUAUGUUCUUCGUUUGACAUCCGAAUGGAAAAUGGAUGGAAAAAUUUAUCCCACUUCGCUUACUUCCCUGCCCAAUUUUGCGUUCUCGUCAGCUUAUUCCAAAUUCAAGCUAUCAGGAGAAGCAGAAGGAAGAGAAUCGGAAUGCUCCAAGAUGCUUCAAAAGGCUAUUCAAAGGUUUCCCUUAGUAGCAUCUCGUUUGUUGGAAAAGUUAGGCGAUUCUGAGCCUUCUAUGCAUUCAUCUGAUCUCUUUAAAGAAAACCUGACAAAUAAUUACUUAGAUCUGUUGAUUUGGACAUUCGUAGAAAGAAGCGAUAGUUUAUGGAAAGAGCCAGAGGUGAUUCAAUGGCUCAAGUAUAAUAUUAAAGCUGUCGUUCAGAUGCCAGCUAAAUCAAGAAUAUCCGCUUAUACUCGGGUACCUUGUGUUGAGAAAGGAAUUCCGCUGAGUAUUUCACGCCACAUUGUUAUGGCAGAUGUCCAAAGACUUCUCCGUUAUCUACCCUCCUCCAUCACUAGCGCGAGUUACCACAUGUAUGACCCUCUGCCUCCACCAGAUUCCAUAUCUUCCUAUGAUAUCAAUGAAAGAAUGUCCUCCAGAGGGAGAGGAACCCAAAAUAAUUCCGCGCCAGGAGGUUGGAUUGCUGCAAUGCAAGACUUGUUGCGUGGACAAGGACUAGGAGGAGGAGGGCGCCAAAUUACUCCAGAAACAGCAGAUAUGGUUCGCAGGUUGAUGGAAGAUAUGAAUGCUGCUCAGGACAGACUUCCGGGUACUUUCCCUGAAGAUGAUGAUGCAGAUUUUGAGGAAGCUAGUGAAGUUGGACAUGGGGUUGGGUAUGCAAAUGAGGAUGAAGAUGAAGAUGACGCUGAUAAUGAUAACGAAUUUGAUGAUGAAGACCAUGAAAUUCAUGAUGUUUAUGAUUCUCAUCCCCCUCAGCUCGGAAACACUCCAUUGACUACUGAAGAGCUGGGGCAGAUCCUGAAUGCAGUGGAGGACGACGAUAUGGAUCUCCAGAUUGCACUAGCACAAACAUACGAACAGAACCGUCGACACUAG